UUUUGAAAAUCUGUGUGUAAUAGCUGCCAUCUUGGGUAUUUCUCGAAGGUAGCAAUGUUCACAUUGGUGCAAAUGAGACCGUAAACCAGGCGGAGGGAUUGAUUAAUAGAUCAAAACUGGAAGUGUCUGGUGUUAAACUAACAGUGUGUCUGUGGUCCUGUUGAUAGGAAGGGCUCAGCAGUGCCUGGGUGCCCAGGGAGCCACUGCCUGAGUCCCUAGAGGUAGACACCAGACAACCACAGGACAUGAGUGCCGCCAAAGGAGGUCUGGUCAUCUUCACGGCCAACUCCAACCCCUCCAGCAGAGAGCUGGGCAGGAGGAUAGCCGAGUAAGUUGCCACUGGAGGUCCCUUAUAACCUGGCAGUUAUAUUGGGUAGUUAGGAAAAGUGGUAAGACAUAAAUUCUCCAACUGCAGAUCUGAGCUGGAACAACUGUAUUCUUUUGAGUACCAAUGGCGGUUGGGUGUGGAACUUGGGAAGGUGCAGGUCUAUCAGGAGGCUAACAGAGAAACACGUGUCCAAAUCGAAGAGUCUGUGCGCAGCAAAGAUGUUUUCAUCAUUCAGACCGUGUCCAAGGAUGUUAACACCACCAUCAUGGAGCUGCUCAUUAUGGUGUACGCCUGCAGGACGUCCUGUGCUCGGAACAUCAUCGGCGUCAUUCCCUAUUUCCCCUAUAGCAAACAGUGCAAAAUGAGGAAGAGAGGCUCAAUCGUCUCUAAACUACUUGCCUCAAUGAUGUGUAAAGCAGGUCUGACUCAUCUCAUUACUAUGGAUUUGCAUCAAAAGGAAAUCCAGGGUUUCUUCAACAUUCCAGUGGACAAUCUCCGGGCCUCACCGUUCCUGCUACAGUACAUACAGGAAGAAAUUCCUGACUACAGAAAUGCUGUAAUUGUGGCCAAAUCUCCAGCAUCAGCCAAAAGGGCCCAGUCAUUUGCUGAAAGAUUGCGGCUGGGGAUCGCUGUGAUCCACGGUGAAGCCCAGGAUGCAGAAUCGGACCUGGUGGAUGGACGCCAUUCCCCACCCACUGUCAAAAACAGUGGCGCCAUCCUUCCAAGCCUAGAGAUACCAUUGCUGAUUCCCAAAGAAAAACCCCCAAUAACUGUUGUGGGAGAUGUAGGUGGACGAAUUGCCAUCAUAGUGGAUGACAUCAUUGACGAUGUCGACAGUUUUCUAGCAGCAGCUGAAACUCUGAAAGAAAGAGGCGCCUACAAGAUCUUUGUCAUGGCUACACAUGGAAUCCUCUCCUCAGAUGCCCCUCAGCUAAUAGAGGAGUCCGCCAUAGAUGAGGUAGUUGUCACCAACACCAUUCCACACGAGAUCCAAAAACUCCAGUGUCCCAAAAUAAAGACGGUGGAUAUCAGCAUGAUCCUGUCAGAAGCCAUUCGCCGCAUCCACAAUGGAGAAUCCAUGUCUUACCUUUUUCGUAAUAUAGGCAUGGAUGAUUAGCAGGGUCAUGUGAAGUCAGUCUUGACAUGUGCACAGAGGUCAAGACUUUUUCUCUCCCUAUUGCCUGUAUCAUUAACCAUUUUUCCUUCUGUCGCCCAUUAUAACUGCUUCACCUCGUUGUAUGUGUAAUAUUUUGAAAUAAUAAUUGUACGUUCAAAGAACCGGGAUGUUCUGCGAUGCUACAUGUUUUCAGUGUCCUAAAAUGCUGAUGUCAAAGCGUUUAGAGGUUUGAAGUGCAGGAAUACUCAACCU